GCCACAUUCAAAACAGCGCGGGUCAUGUGCAUGCGCUAAUGUUCACCACUGCUGUUCAAGAUCGCUGGCGCAAAUAACAUGGCGGCAAAACCGAAAGUCGAUCCUAUCGAACGGCUAAAGGAAGAACAUAAGGCUUGGGGGAAAACACAUCCUAGGGAUUUCAUAGCGAAUCCCAAAAAACUAGAAAAUGGAGAGAUAGAUUGGCUGACGUGGAAGUGUGCUAUCCCUGGACCAAAGAAGACACCAUGGGAAGGAGGUCUUUAUCCAAUCACCCUUGAGUUCCCGCAUGACUACCCUCACAGCCCACCAAAAUGUAAGUUGGGUGUCUUUGAUCCCCCAAUUCUCCAUCCCAACGUGUUCACAUCUGGUACUGUCUGCCUCUCGCUGAUUGAUAAGAAUAAGGACUGGAAGCCCCAAGUCACUGCCCAACAGGUUCUAACGGGAAUCCAGCUUCUGUUAGCUGAUCCCAACUUUCAAGAGCCUGCCCAAGCAGAAGCAUUUGUCAUAUAUACGCAGAGUAGACUUGACUAUGAGAACAAAGUCAAACAGCUUGCCAUGACAAUGCAGCCUGAAUCAAGCCCCUUCAUCCGGGAAUUCCUUGGGUCUGUGGCAUGAUGUCAUUGUCACAUGACAAUCCGUCACCAUCCAAAAAGCUGUCCUCUGACCAAGAAGCUUGAGACGCUGUUUGAUAAGAGAGGGACGUGACGCAGUUUAAACGUAGCUUCCGCUGAGUUUCUUUAAUUGUUUAGAGGGGUUUGAUCUGUAGCUACGAAGAUACCAGCAUACAUGUUUUGUUUGUUGAACAAAGUUUGUAAAAAUAUUGAAUAAAGAAAUUUUUCAUUAUCA